ACUGAUGACAUUUUGGUGAAUCCUCUUAAUGUGGAAAGAAUCCACAAUGAAACAGAACCACAGAGGAACCAACUCAUCUCUCAUGACACUGCUGAGAAUGAGAACCAGGAUGAGGAAGGAAACAUUUCUGAAGACCCAGGAAAAAAGAGAAACGAAGAACAGAAACACAACAAAAGACACCAGAAAGAUCUCGCACAAUGUUCUGUGUUUAAAGAGGAGGAGGUUCUCAAUGACACAGAACCACAGAAGAACCAACUCAUCUCUCGUGACUCUCCAGAAACUGAGAACCAGGAUCAGGAAGGAAGCAAUUCUGAAAACCCAGGAAAAAAGAGAAAGGAAAAACAGAAACAAAAAGAGAGAUAUGAGAAAACCAAAGAGCAGAAAGGAAGAACCGACACUGAAAAACAAAAAACACACAAGAGAGCUCACGCAGGGCAAAAAUUAUAUUCUUAUAAACAUUGUGAUGAAACCUUUCCUCAAAACAGUGACUUGAUGACACGCAUAAUAACUCACACAGGAGUAAAGCCUUUCACUUGUUCAACCUGUGGGAAAAGUUACAGACAAAAGGCUGGUUUAAUUUAUCACAUGAGAAAUCACACAGGUGAGAAGCCUUUCUCUUGUGGAAAUUGUGGAAAAAGUUUCUCUCAAAAAGGCAAUUUAAAUGUUCAUAUGCGAGUUCACACAGGUGAGAAGCCUUUCUCCUGUGGGACCUGUGGAAAGAGUUACAGUGAAAGAGGGACUUUAACUAAGCACAUGAGAAUUCACACAGGUGAGAAGCCUUUCUCCUGUGGGACCUGUGGAAAAGGUUUCUCUAAAAAAGAUCAUUUAAAUGUUCACACGACAAUUCACACAGGUCAGAAGCCUUUCUCCUGUGGGACCUGUGGAAAAAGUUUCUCUCAAAAAGUUCAUUUAAAUGUUCACGUGAGAAUUCACACAGGUGAGAAGCCUUUCUCCUGUGGGACCUGUGGAAAGAGUUACAGUGAAAGAGGGAUUUUAACUAAGCACAUGAGAAUUCACACAGGUGAGAAACCUUUCUCUUGUGAAACCUGUGGAAAAGGUUUUUCUAAAAAAAGUCAUUUACUUGAUCACAUGAGAAUUCACACAGGUGAGAAGCCUUUCUUCUGUGGAACCUGUGGAAAGAGUUACAGUGAAAGAGGGACUUUAACUAAGCACAUGAGAAUUCACACAGGUGAGAAACCUUUCCUAUGUGGGACCUGUGGAAAGAGUUACAGUAAUAGAAUUAUUUUAACUCGUCACAUGAAGACUCACUCUGACUAGAAGCCCUAGGAACAAAACACCUCAGAUCCGUUUUGGCAUCAGAUCCAGUUGAAAAUCUUUACAAAUGGAAGCAGUGAAAUGUUCUUUUUUUCCAUAAAUAAAAUCUCAAAUAUAAUUUUGAUCUGGUCAGAUUUUGAUUUAGAGCUAACCAUAGAGAGGUUUUUAUUUUUCCAAAUUUUUGUCAUUUUUAUAUUUUAUAAGAAGCAAAGUAUAUUAUUAAAAAUGUAUGUUAAAAUAUAUAGUUGUAUGUUGAGCAGAAUAUGCUUUUCAAUAACUGUUGAUUUGAAUAAAUAUUGAUGGUUUAUUCAGUGAUUGUCAUCGUCAUGAACUGUUGCCAAAUUUUUAAAUGUCAGCUUUAAGUAAAGCAUCUAAAGA